CACCAGCCAUCAAGAUGAUGAGUGUUCAAGCUUUGCAUUGAUAAAACAACCCGAAGGCGAAGAGCGAAAAAAUACACGAAAAGGUGAAAAAAUAAUCAGAAUUCACACACGUACCGCAGAAAAAGAGCCUCCAACUCACUGCAAAUGCUAAAAAUAAUUGUGCAAUCAUCGUCCGCGGUCCGUUUGUCGUGAAUUGCGCUUCGCUAGUUCCGCAAUAGCUUGGUGCAAAGGUGUGGCGCAAGAAUUGGGACACAUCCUGACCGUCGUCGGAGAUGACAGCAGGAGGAACGGAGCGCACCGAGAUGGACGAGCAAAUCCUGGACACGGCCAGCUUCGGCGAGCUGCGCGACAAGAAUGAGAUCAUCGGGCGGUACGUGGAACAUCUGAACCGGUUGCGCCGACUGGCGGCGAAUCGGGGUCAGAUCAGCGAGGCGGAAUUCAACAAUUACCUUGUGCGGCACUACUUCCACAACAACAACAUCAUCAACUACAUCUUCGACAAGAACACCAGCCGAAUUCUGCUGAAGACGGUCAUCGAGCGGAAGAAGAAGAUCAUCAACUUUAUCUUCGUCCUGCUGACGCUGUUUAUCGUGUUUUCGUACAAGCACGAAGUCUCGACGGUGGUGCUGCGGAACAUCCAGAGCUUCAUCUAUCCGGGGAUGCGGGUGUGGCGCAAGGUCACCGUGCCCAUCAUCGCCAACUAUCCGUCGCUCACGGAGUACUACGACGAGAGCUGCCUGCUCACCAAUCCGUACUUCCAGGUGGAGAACCUGAACUGUGAUCCGUGCGCCGAUGUGGCCAACGUGCUGGACUUUACCACCGUCGAGCACGCCACCGUCAAUUAUCCGUACAUUUUUAAGACCCAAAAGGAGCUCGUCGACAUCGGUCGGCUCCAGGCGCUGUACGAGCAGCACCGGUCCAUCUUCACCAAGGACGCGUACAAGAUCCAGUCCACCCACGCCGACAUCCGCAACCUGGACGACCUGUUCCGGCACUUUGUGAACGCGUCCCAGCCGGUCGAGUCGCACAGCGUGUGGCGCUGCAACCGGAUGGCCCCGGCCCGGCUCCUGCGCAGCAUCUUCCCCCGGCCCGCCCGGCUGCCCGCGACCGGCGUCAGCCUGGAGCGGUACCUGCUAGUGGACAGCGCCCAGGCACCCCCCUACCGCAUCCCGGACGCCGAGUGCGCCAACAUGUUCGUCAUCCAGGCGUACGGCAGCCGGACGUUUCUGCUGCGGCCAACGCAGGAGUGCCGGCACCGGUGCCGGACGCUGUCGGUGCGGCUGCCGGCCAGCUACAGCCUAAUCUACAACUGGUGGUACUGGAAGCCGAUCUCGCUGCCGGAACAGUACGCCAAAACGCCUUCCGUCAGCUACAUCGGUUCGUACUGUUGAUGAGACCGGGCCAGGGCCGGCAAUUUCCGCACAACCACUACCAGCAACAACAACCCCCGUACUCACCGAAGCCAAACUAUAUAUUUGAACGAACGAGUGAGCGAGCGAGCCUAUGCCGUAGCGAAAGUCCUUUCGUUUGUUAUAUUUAUUUCUUUUUAAAACACUGCGAUUAACCACUUUUGUUGCAUGUUGUAUGUUAACUUUCCGACUGCUUAAGAUGAUUCACGUAAUUCUUCCUGCACCCAAACCAAAAACCGCUGACAUCCAAUGCUCUAACACUGAUUGACAGCCGUUCUGUCAUCCAAUGUGUGUUGCAACACUUCACCAAUACAGCUGCAAACAAUAAGAGAGAGAGAGAGAAACCACAGAUGCAAACAACAUCGUUACAUAUUGCCUCUCCACUGCGCAAUGUUCUCGUAACGCCAUGGUAGAGAGGCAGCGUAGCAAUCAAAGAGUUCGGUCUCAAAUCUUGCCUAAAGCAGUUAAUUUUUAAUUGUUUUUUUUUUUUGCAUUUCUGUUAUUUUUACGAGCUAAAAAAGUCUGACAUUCGAUGAAAAUUCAACCUUCUUUGUUUGGGUGUCAAAAAAGAAAACAACCUCCUCACUGGUGAUAUUCAUGUAACAAUUCGCCGUUAUUUUAACAUUUUUGACUGAUUAUUUUCGUGUGAGAAGAACCUCCUAUUUCUGAUAUCAUUGAGCAAAAAAAAAAUCAUUACGUUUAGUGAAAGAAGCGCCUAGAGUUUAAGACGUGUUUUUAGUUGUUUACUUUUCAGUCCUGGAUUGAAGCCAAAACUAACCAAAAAUGAUACCAAUUAAAUUAUUAAAAAAUAUUCAUGGAUUGCGCGAGCGAAGUGCGCCAACACGAAAACAAAACAAAGAGCGUUGAUUGCUUCCCAGUAGGCAUUAGGAACGCACCUAAAUUUAACAAACAAA